GGCUACUUCCUGUUGUUUGAGUCGAUGCUGGAUUCUGUGCUGUACGCUAGGGAUCGGUACCUCGCAGACGAUGGGUUGGUCUAUCCAGACCGCUGCAAUAUCAGCCUGGCGGCAGUGGGGGACACUCAGAAACACUGUGACCGCAUUGCAUUCUGGGACGAUGUGUAUGGCUUCAAGAUGAGGUGUAUGAAGAAGGCUGUGAUACCAGAGGCAGUAGUGGAGAUGUUGAAGCCUGAGACGGUCAUUUCAAAGCCUGCAGUGGUUAAGACUAUUGACUGUGGCUCUGUGACUGUGUCUGAGCUAGAGUUCACUGUAGACUUCAGCUUGAAGAUAACGGCCUGCACCUUCUGUACAGCCAUCGUGGGCUAUUUUGACAUUUUCUUCGACAAGAGCUGCGGAAACAAGAUCAUGUUCUCCACUGCUCCAGACUGCACCAAGACUCACUGGAAACAGACGGUGUUCUUACUAGAAAGCCCUAUCCCUGUCAAAACCGGAGAGGAACUUCCAGGUCAAAUCGUAGUGCAUAAGAACAGAAAGGACCCCAGAGCGCUGCUGAUCACACUUGACAUCGCUGGCCGGAAGCAAACCUACAGCCUCCAGUGAAGAAGUUGUUUUAUUGGGGGGAAAACACAUACUUGGAGCAAUGCAGUGUUUAAUAACUGAAACAUCAUAUUAAAAAGUUUUUCUACCAAACAUCAAUCAUUCGUGGGUUGUACAUUGAGCCAUAUUGGAAGUUGUUCUCUCUGUGACAAUUAACAGGACCGUACACUGAGUCAACAACUUGGGCAACUAAUGAAAGUCAGAUUUUGUUUUAAACCUCUUAAUGUUCAUAUAUUAGGGCCUGGAAGAAGUCUGAUUUCCUACUUGUUUGAAUAAUGACUGAG